GUUUGGACAGUUAUUUUAUUUAUAACGUGGAUUUUAUGGCCUUUGCAUUAUUUCUCCUAACUUGUCACUGUGACACUUUCGCGGUUUUUACCAAUUUGUAACGAGAAAGACCAUGGAAGUUGAGGAUUGCCACAAUAUGCUUGCCGAAUUGAAAAAAGAAAAUGGCAAUCAAUUAUACAAAGUCAAGCAAUACCGAUCUGCCCUCAAUCUCUACACCGAAGCCAUCGAACUAUGCCCCGAAACCGCCGCCUAUUACUCGAACCGCUCGGCAUGUUACAUGAUGUUGAACAACUUUCAAGAAGCAUUGGAGGAUGCACGCAAAUCCAUAACCAUCGAUCCCGCAUUCAGCAAAGGCUACAUUCGAAUAUUGAAAUGCGCUAUAGCCCUUGGCGACCUUACAACAGCAGAAAAUGCCAUCAAACAGAUCAAUCUGCUUGACAAGAACGCCAACAUCAACAAUGAAACUCGUUCGUUCGAAAAACUGAGACAGUUCGAAACAGAGGCAGCAAAAGCAAUGGAAAAGAAAGACUUCCGAAAAGUUGUUUACUGCAUGGAUAGGUGUUUGGAUGAAGCGCCAACUUGCACACGUUACAAAAUAAUGAAAGCCGAAUGUUUGGCUUUCUUGGGACGAUACCAGGAGUCGCAAGAAAUCGCCAACACGGCCUUGCAUUUGGACAAAACAAACGCUGAUGCGAUUUACGUACGGGGAAUGUGUCUUUAUUACGAAGAUAAUUUGGACAGCGCCUUUAACCACUUCCAGCAAGUCUUGCGACUUGCACCCGACCACAAAAAGGCUAUGGACAUCUACAAGAGAGCUAAAGAACUCAAAAAGACGAAGGAAAGUGGCAAUGAAGCGUAUAAAAACUGCCGGUUCCAGGAAGCUUUCACUCUUUAUACCGAAGCACUAGCAAUCGACCCUCUCAACAAAAAGGCCAACGCGAAACUUUACUUCAACCGUGCCACAGUCCAACACCGGCUCACCAAAACCAGAGAAGCCGUCGAUGACUGCACUUCGGCCCUUGAACUCGACGACACGUAUCUCAAGGCCCUUCUGCGAAGGGCGAGCUGCUACAUGGACUUGGGCGAGUACGAGGACGCAGUCCGGGAUUACGAAAAAGUGUGCAAGUUGAAUAAAAGUCGUGAGCACCGCAAGUUGCUCCAAGAUGCGAAAUUCGCACUCAAAAAGUCCAAACGCAAGGAUUAUUACAAGAUUUUGGGAGUGGAGAGGAACGCAAACGAUAGCGAGAUUAAGAAAGCUUACAGGAAGAAAGCGUUGAUGUUGCAUCCGGACAGGCAUGCCAACGCUACGGACGCCGUUAAAAAAGACCAGGAGAAGAAGUUUAAGGAGCUGGGGGAGGCAUACGGGAUUUUGUCAGAUCCGAAGAAAAAGGCCAGGUAUGAUAGUGGGCAAGACAUGGAUGAGUUCGAUGGGGGAAUGUCAGAUAUUGACCCGACUCAAGUGUUUCAGUCGUUCUUUGGACAAGCGCACAGUUGCCCCAAUGAUUUCAGUUUUAACACGGGAUUUCCUUUCCAGUUCAGUUAGGAGCCUGGUGUACUGUCUAAGUCAUAAUCUAAAGCCCCUCACAUUCCACUCCUUCUUGACAGUAAAUUGUGCUAGAUUUAACAAAUCCUAAAGUUUAACCCGUUUAUUUUCCUAAUGCCUCUUCUGUUUAUUUAUUUUGAGGAAGACUGCACAAGUUUUCUUGUUUCAUUAUUGUAAAUCGUUCCAAAUGUAAAUUUAAUAUAUGUAUAAUACUUUA